AUGACUAACCUCGCCGUUUCUAACGGCGACGAACCACCGCCAAAAACCAACCAACCGCCAUCAUCUUCAAUGUCGUCGCCGUCAUCGUUUUCUUCACUGCCACGCGACCUCGUUUUGAACGUCUUAGCCUGCGUACCAAAACGGUUAUACCCAAUCCUCUGUUGCGUCUCCAAGAACUUGCGUAGUCUUGUUCUCUCGGCUGAUAUAUACAAGACUCGAUCUUCCCUCGGAAAAGAUUCUGUUUAUAUCUGCUUUAUAUCUACUCAGACUUAUCACUGGUUCAAUCUCCGCAGGAUUGAGGAAAGUACUACAACUGAAAAUGUCUUCGCCUCCGUCGAUUUCUCUUUCCUUCCUGAGCAUUGUCGUUGCUCUUCUUCCGUCUUCGCCGUUGGUCCUGAGAUUUUCUUCAUUCCAGGAACUAGUAAUGCCUCAUCAAGCUUUAGGAUCUUUAACACCCAAUCUGGAAAGGUUCGUCAAGGACCUAGUUUGCUAGUGAACCGAACGUACAAUUGUGUUGGACUAGUCCGUGGUAAGAUCUAUGUGAUCGGAGGAUGCAGAGGAGACGGUGUUUCAGCGGAAGUAUUUGACUUAAAGACGCAAACUUGGGAAGUAGCACGAAUCCCUGAGAGACAAGGGCGUUUCACAUGGAUCACUCCGGCAAAGGUUUCAGUAGACAGGAAGGUUUGUGCUUUAAGCUUUCAUCAUGGCAUGACUGCUUAUGAUCCUAGAGAUGGUUCUUGUGAGACGUUUGAGUUGCCUAAUGACAAUUGGUGGAAGACAGGAGUUUGUGUUAUAGACAAUGUGCUCUACGUUUACUUCUCUAGAUUCGGGUUAAUGUGGUAUGACUCUCAACUGAGGCUAUGGAGGGUAGUUUAUGAUUUGGAUCUUGGCAAACCUCAAGGCGUUGCAAUGGCUGAAUACUAUGGGAAGUUGGCGUUUCUAUGGGAGAAACCAAGUCUUCUUUUUCGUGGAAGCAAAGAGAUUUGGUGUAGAAUGAUUGGCUUGGCUAGGAGUGAAGAAGGAUUCAAUGGAGCUGCAGAACCCUCUCAACUUCUCCGGAUUGUUCCUCACAGCUAUAGUCUUUACCACUGUCUGUCUCUUGGUUAA